CCCCGCGCUGUGACCCCGCGCCCGCCGCCCGGGAUGCCGAGCGCCCCGGGAGCGCCGGGCUGGCAGGAGCCCAUGUGAUGCUGGGCUAGCGCCGCUCGCUCCCCGUCCCUCUCCCGCUCGCUCGCUCGCUGUCAUGGCGACUCCCAAUAAUGUUACUCCCACCAACUGCAGCUGGUGGCCCAUCUCGGCGCUGGAGAACAGCGCGGGGAAAUCCACGGAGGGGGAGGAAAAUCACGGCCCGACAGACCCCGCUCUCAAAUCGCAGGACAGAUUGGUUUUGUACCACUGGACCCAGUCUUUCAGCUCACAAAAGGUGCGGCUGGUGAUCGCAGAGAAGGGGCUGCCCUGCGAGGAGCGGGACGUCAGCAUGCCCCUGAUGGAGCACAAGGAGCCGUGGUUCAUGCGGCUCAACCUGGGCGAGGAGGUGCCUGUCAUCAUCCACAGGGACAACAUCAUCAGCGACUACAACCAGAUCAUCGACUACAUGGAGAAGAACUUCACGGGAGAGAACGUGCCGCAGCUGAUCCCCGAGCCGGGCAGCCUGCUGCACGCGCGGGUGCUGCAGUACCGGGAGCUCCUGGACUCGCUGCCCAUGGACGCCUACACGCACGGCUGCAUCCUGCACCCCGAGCUCACCACUGACUCCAUGAUCCCCAAGUACGCCACCACUGAGAUCCGCAGACAUUUAGCUAAUGCCACCACAGAUCUGAUGAAGCUGGACCAUGAAGAGGAGCCACAGCUGUCUGAGCCUUACCUCUCCAAGCAGAAGAAGCUCAUGGCCAAGAUCUUGGAGCAUGAUAAUGUGAACUACUUGAAGAAGAUCCUUGGAGAACUUGGGAUGGUGCUAGACCAGAUUGAGGCUGAGCUGGAGAAAAGGAAAUUGGAAUACCAAGGGCAGAAGUGUGAACUCUGGCUCUGUGGAUGCGUCUUUACUUUGGCCGAUGUCUUGUUAGGAGCCACCCUGCACCGCCUCAAGUUUCUGGGACUCUCUAAGAAAUACUGGGAAGAUGGCAGCAGACCUAACCUACAGUCCUUCUUCGACAGGAUACAGAAACGCUUUGCCUUCAGGAAAGUUUUGGGAGACAUACACACCACGCUCCUCUCUGCAGUGGUACCCAACGCCUUCAGGCUGGUCAAGAGGAAACCUCCCUCCUUUCUUGGAGCCUCCUUCCUGAUGGGAUCUCUGGGGGGAAUGGGAUAUUUUGCUUAUUGGUACUUAAAGAAAAAAUACAUCUAGUGCUGACUGCUUGGUGUUUAGUUUGGUGUCUCUGUGCUGUGUGAAAUUAUGAUGAAGCCUCAGUAACUGUAAUGAAAUUUGAAGCAAGGUAAUGAAUAAUUAUAUUGUUUAAUGUAACAUUCCAUAGUCUAGAAGUAGAAACCUAUACUGCAAGGAAAUAAGACAACAACAAACAACAACAACAACAACAACAAAAAAAGCGUCAACUUGUAAAUGCCUUUUUUAGGUUUAAGUAUUCAACUCCAACGAGAGGCUCAAGGGCUGAGCCGUGCCCAGAAGAAGUGGCACUGCCUCCAGCACCAGCCAGCUCCAGUGGGAGAGACAGGAAUCCCAGGAGGCUUCCCAACACCCAAGGGACUUGGAUACUUGGUCCUGUGCGUUUGUGUUUCCAAAUUGUUCACUGGCCACAUUUCACACAUGCAGGUAGCGGGGACUUUUUUCUUCUAGAAGGCGUUGUGUUGUCGUGCUCGGAGGCUUUCCUGGCAGCAGGGUGCAGUAGCUGGUCACAGUCAAGGUGGAUUUCUGUUCUUCAAGUAUCCAUUUUAAAAAUUAUUUUCAUUAAAAGGAAUAUUUUUUAUUGAGCUGCUCUUAGAAUGUAUCCACUUUCUACGUCUGGUUUUGGUGGGCUUUUUUUUAAAGAAUUUAAUGUCUGUCUUUAACUGCCGCACUUUUUCCUUGAGAUAAAUCAUUCUGACUUUCAUCCUGAAUUCUGGCACAUGAAGGAGAUUAUUGUUUUAAGCCUUUUGGCUCUGUCUCUUGCAUUUUCUUUCAUGGAUUUGCAAAGCAUCUUUCACCAACUGAGCAUAUUUGGACUCUGAAAAGUACAACCGUUUUCAGAACUUUUCAGCACUUUCCUGAAGGCGCUUUGGCUUUCUUCCAUCGGGGGCUCUUUUCUGUCAUUUCCUCGCUGUGUGUUUUCUUAGGGACACUUUGCACAGAAUCACGUUGAUGACUUUCUUGUGCCUUUUGCAUGCUGGAAAGAAUAACGGGCCUCACUGCUACUCAUGCUUUGGAAACUGAGAUCCUCAAUAAACCAUAUGGGAGGAGCAAUGGCUUCGCAUCUCUAAAUGUGUUCCACAUCCUUCUGGUCCUAGUGCAAGGCAUGCCCGAGGGCAGGGGGAUGUGCAGGUUGUUUGUGCAUUGGCUCAUGUGCUGCACUGGUAUACAACUGGCAUGGAAAUUACAUAUAUUCCUCUUCCAACCACUAAUUUCUGUCAGUGCUCAGCCUGCUGGCUUUCCAGGAACUCCAGUGAUCC